UCUUGCUACCCGACAGACGGAGGAAAGGGGGUAGACCGGGACCCAAACACCACCCCACCCAGCACCCCCACCUCCCCCAGACGGAAGACAGGAGAAGGGCGAGAAGGAAUGGAGUACCCAGAGUCGGCGGAGGGGGAAAAGUUGGUACCAAAUGGCGUUUUGUAUGUGAUCACAUACCAGGGAUCUUGUUACUAAUUAUUUAUUUCUGACCGACCCAAGACUCGUGUGUCGGGAAUUUCAAAGCAAGUUUAACAGCAGCCUAACACACUCACACUCACACACAAACAGCAAAAAACAAAUUGAAGCGUCUUGUUGGAGAGAUCUGUGCCUCUAAGAAUCGCUCCUCACACACAAAACCUACUGCGGAUAAUGAACCAAAUUCUACGGGAACUCGUGUAGAAGUAUAUUUCCUAGUUUUUCUUAACGCAAAAAAAAGGAAACAACAUCCAGGAGACACGACGCCGGGAAGCAGGGACCAGAAAACUAAGGCAGAAUGUUUUUUGGACAAUAAAGCGCCCGAGGUUAGUUUCACAAGGGAGGACCCACUCCUGAAAAUCUCUUCUCCCUUGCUCUCUACUUUUAAAAACCCACCGAAGUUUUAUUACGGCACGGAAUUCGCAUGGAGGGAGAGCCCUUGACCAUUAACUAUGGCCGGGUAUAACGCCGGCUCCAGCAGAUUGUAGUCGGCGUGUGUGUGUGCUUUCGGUUCGGGUUGGAUCCUAAUUCUCUCCAGGACUGCGGAACUCCGUCGGUUUCUCCACAAUCUUGCAGCUUCGAGAUUUACCAUGACCACGCAACUCCUCUGUGUCUCCCUCGCCCUCGGAUUACUGUCUCUCAACUCAGGAUCCCGACUCCGACAGGAGGACUUCCCGCCCCGAAUCGCAGAGCACCCCUCCGACCUGAUCGUCUCCAAGGGGGAGCCGGCCACGCUGAACUGCAAGGCGGAGGGGAAGCCGAGCCCCACCAUCGAGUGGUACAAGGAUGGGGAGCGAGUGGAGACGGACAAGGACGACUCCCGCUCCCACCGCAUGCUGCUGCCCAGCGGCUCCCUCUUCUUCCUGCGCAUCGUCCACGGGCGCAGGAGCAAGCCGGACGAGGGCAGCUACGUCUGCGUGGCCAGGAACUACCUGGGGGAGGCCGUCAGCCACAAUGCCUCGCUGGAGGUGGCAAUCCUCCGGGAUGACUUCAGGCAGAACCCUUCUGACGUGAUGGUUGCUGCGGGCGAGCCUGCUGUCAUGGAAUGCCAACCACCUCGCGGACAUCCGGAGCCCACCAUCUCCUGGAAAAAGGACGGUCUCCGACUGGAUGAUCGGGAUGAAAGAAUCACGAUCCGAGGAGGAAAGCUGAUGAUCACUAACACUCGGAAGAGCGAUGCAGGGAAGUACAUCUGUGUAGGAACCAACAUGGUGGGUGAGCGCGAGAGUGAGGUGGCAGAACUGACAGUCUUGGAGCGGCCAUCCUUUGUGAAGAAACCAAAUAGCCAGGUUUUACUGGUGGACGAGACGGUGGAGUUCAAGUGUGAGGCUCGAGGAGAUCCUACGCCCACCGUGCACUGGAGGAAGGAAGAUGGACAGCUGCCCAAACUCAGGUCUGAGGUCCAAGGAGGUAACACACUGAUCAUUCAACAUGUGACGGCUGCUGACGUGGGGACAUACAGCUGUGUGGCCGAGAACAUUGUGGGGAAAACGGAGACCUCAGUCACAUUGACGGUGCACGCCCCGCCGCAGUUCGUGGUGAAGCCCCGGGACCAGAUGGUCGCAGUCGGCCGGACGGUGACCUUCAUGUGCGAGGCGACGGGCAACCCACAGCCGGCCAUCUUCUGGCAGAGGGAGGGCAGUCAGAAUCUCCUCUUCUCCUAUCAGCCUCCGGAACCUUCCAGCAGGUUUUCGGUGUCACAGGUGGGGGACCUGACCAUCACCAACGUCCAGCGGUCCGAUGUGGGUUACUACAGUUGUCAGGCUCUCAACGUAGCCGGGAGCGUCAUCAUCAAAGCCUUCCUUGAAGUGACAGACAUCAUUUCGGACCGGCCUCCACCUGUUAUUCGUCAGGGCCCCAUCAAUCAGACGGUUGCCGUGGACAGCACAGUGACCCUCGGUUGCCUGGCCAGUGGCUCCCCACCGCCCACCAUUCUGUGGCGGAAGGAUGGGGUCUUGGUCUCCACCCAUGACUCACGCAUUAAGCAGCAGGAGAUGGGAGCACUGCAGAUCCGCUAUGCCAAGCUGGGUGAUUCAGGUAUCUACACCUGCAUCGUAUCGACACCAAGUGGUGAAGCAUCCUGGAGCGCACGCCUUGAAGUUCAAGAGUUUGGAAUGCCAGUUCCACCUCCUCGACUGCCGGAUCCCAAUCUGAUCCCUGGAAUACCCUCCAAGCCAGAAGUAACGGACGUCAGCAAAAACGGGGUCACACUGAUGUGGCAACCAAACCUGAAGGUGGGAGCCACCCCUACCUCCUACAUCAUCGAGGCCUUCAGCCACUCUGCAGGCAGCAGCUGGCGAACUGUGGCAGAGCGGGUGAAGGCCGAAACCUACUCCGUCAGGAGCCUGAGAUCAAACGCUGUCUACCUAUUUCUCAUCCGUGCUGUCAAUGCCUAUGGUAUCAGCGAUCCCAGCCCAAUCUCGGACCCCGUCAAAACACAAGAUGUUCCUCCAACUGGCCAAGGAGUGGACCACAAGCAGGUGCAGCGGGAGCUUGGCGAAGUGGUUGUCCAUCUCCACAAUCCCAUCACCCUCUCCUCAUCCUCUAUCCAGCUUCACUGGACAGUUGACCAGCCGUCGCAGUACAUCCAGGGAUACAGGAUCCUUUACAGGCCGUCUUCACCAGAGGGGCGGCCGGAAUCCGACUGGUCCACCUUCGAGGUGAGGUCGGCCACGGAUCGAAGCGCCGUGGUGCCCAGACUCCGCAAGGGGCUGGGCUAUGACGUCAAAGUGAGGCCGUUCUUUAACGAGUUCCAGGGCGCGGACAGCGACGUGAAGUAUGCCAAGACUCUGGAGGAAGUGCCAAGCGCACCACCGCAGGACAUCACAGUCACACUGAACAAUGGUAACGGAACUGGAAUCAUCGUUUCUUGGCAACCGCCUCCCGAAGACUCUCUGAAUGGUGACCUACAGGAGUACAAGGUCUGGUGUCUGGCCAACGAGAGUCGCUUCCACAUCAACAGAACGGUGGUGGCGCCCGCCCUCUCUGUGACCAUCCCCCACCUCACCCCGGGUCUCCGCUACCGUGUCGAGGUGUCAGCGGCUAACUCUGCCGGAGAGGGAGCCCGGAGCGAGCCCCGCUAUGUCCAACUGGAUUCCUCGGGGAGGCUGACUCCGGAGCACGAGGGGCAGGUCAGCCUGGCACAGCAGAUCUCGGAUGUAGUAAAGCAGCCGGCCUUCAUUGCGGGGAUCGGCGCAGCCUGCUGGAUUAUCCUGAUGGUCUUCAGCAUCUGGCUGUAUCGACACAGGAAGAAGCGGUCCGGUCUAACCACCAGCUACGCUGGUAUGAGGAAAGUCCCUUCUUUCACCUUUACACCAACAGUGGCUUAUCAGAGAGGGGGAGAGACCGUGAGCAGCGGAGCGAGACCAGGUUUGCUAAACAUUGGAGAUUCGAACCAGCCGUGGUUGGCAGACACGUGGCCCAACACAGGAACCGAACACAACGACUGUAGCAUCAACUGCUGUACCUCCACACACGGCAACAGCGACAGCAACCUUACCACCUACAGCCGGCCAGCUGACUGCAUCGCCAACUACAACAACCAGCUGGAUAACAAGCAGAGUAACCUGAUGCUCCCCGAGACGGCAGUUUAUGGUGACAUGGACCUCAGCAAUAAGAUGAAUGAAAUGAAGACCUUCAACAGCCCCAACCUGAAGGAGGGCCGGUGCGUGAACCAGACGGCACAGCCCACCCCGUACGCCACCACGCAACUCAUCCAGACCACCCUGGGGAACAACAUGAACAGCAGUGGCAUGGACAUGAAUGACAAGCACUGGAAACAAGCCCUCCAGAGCAAGCAGGACAUAUCUCCCUUACAGUACAACAUCAUGGAACAGAACAAACUCAACAAGGAUUAUCGACUUGUUGAGACAAGCGGCGUUCCUACAAUCCCUUACAACCAGUCGAGCGACCAUGGGACAGGAGGGUCCUACAACAGUUCGGACAGAGGCAGUAACACAUCUGGAAGCCAGGGUCACAAAAAGAGCGCGCGGACUCCAAAGGUGCCUAAGCAGGGUGGCAUGAAUUGGGCCGAUCUCUUGCCGCCACCUCCAACACACCCGCCUCCCAACAUGAGUAACCCUGAGGAAUACAGUGUCGCCGUUGAUGACAGUUAUGAUCGGGAUGGGAUGUGCCCGCUGCCACCGGCCAGGAUGUACAUAGAACAGGAUGAACUGGAGGAGGUGGAGGAAGAUGAACGGGGCCCCACGCCACCCAUCCGAGGGGCGGCCUCGUCGCCAGCGGCUGUGUCUUACAGCCACCAGUCCACUGCCACCCUGACGCCUUCGCCCCAGGAGGAACUGGUUCCCAUGCUGCAGGACAGUCAGGAGAGCCUGGCCCUCAUUCCCUCCGCCAGUGACCGCAGGAGGCACCCGAUCAGUCCACCCCCUCCCCCACGCCCCAUCUCCCCCCCACACACGUACGGCUACAUUUCGGGACCGCUGGUCUCUGACAUGGACACAGAUGCACCUGAAGAGGAGGAGGAGGAAGAGGAGGAGGAGGAGGAGGAAGAGGAAGUAGAAGUGGCUAAGAUGCAUACACACCGCCUACUGCUACAGGGCCUGGAGCAGACCCCUGCUUCAAGUGUGGGGGACCUGGAGAGUUCUGUCACAGGCUCCAUGAUCAAUGGGUGGGGCUCGGCCUCCGAGGAAGAUGGUAACAGCUCAAGCGGGCGCUCCAGUGCAGUCAGUUCCUCCGAUGGCUCCUUCUUCACUGACGCAGACUUUGCGCAUGCCGUGGCCGCAGCAGCUGAAUAUGCAGGGCUGAAGGUGGCUCGGCACCACGCGCAGGAUGGAGCAGCAGGGCAACGGCACCUCCCGACAUCUCACUGUCCUCGGCCGACAAGCCCGUUCUCCACGGACAGCAACGCCAGUGCGGCUGUGCUGCAGAAGUCUCGCCCUAUGAGGAAACAGAAGCAGGUGCAAGGACAUGUACGUCGAGAAAUCUUCACUGACGAGCUGCCUCCACCACCAGUCCCCCCUCCCGCCAUCAAAUCUCCCAACAUCCAGACAAAGACCCAACUGGAGUCCUGGCACUCGGUGGUGCCGAGGCCCCACGGAGCGGAGCAGAAGGCAGAGCGAGCCGGCGACAGGAAAGCAGGAGGCCACCGAGGGAGGGAGGGCGGCGAGCCCCAGCACCUGGCGGAAGGCCGCCUGAACCCAGGAGAGUGCCGGGAACCCCCGGAGCACUGGCCAAACGAGGCCCACGGAGCCAGGCAGCGUCUGAACAAGGCCGGCAAGCGUGAGAGCUCCCAAGCCAAAGCACGGCUUCCUCAAGGUGUGGAGGAUGUCCUUCCCUACAGCCGCCCGACGUUUCCAUCGGCGCAGAACCCCCGGGAGCCCAGCUCCUCCAGCUCCGUGUCAUCGAGAGGGUCCGGCGGACGGCGUAGAGGAGAGCAGAUGGUGCCGGGGACUGCCCCGGCCUCAUCCCGUCGGCUGGCAUCCGAAGCUGGUCUGCUGGAGAUGGGAAUGCCCGAGUGCGAAGAGGAAGAGUUCGAGGAUAUGGAAAACUAAAGGAAAGAAGAUAAUUUCAGGCAAUUAACUCCGAUCAGACUCUGGAGAGCUCUAUGCCAGUUUUUGUAAAACUCCUUACCCGUGGAAGAUAUUUGAUGCCAGAUGUAAUGUCUGGUUCAAUGAGGGGAUUCUGUAAAUUAUAAAUGUUUGCAUCAUCUUGAUUGACCACAUCAAUUAAGUUUUUUGUUUUUUUUUUCAUUUGACUUUUGAAUCUUUUGUUUUGAGAGGGGGGAGGUUGGGAUGAACUUAGCUUUCAAUUGUAACUUAUACCUGUCAACUUUUCUAUAGUUCAUUGAAAACAGAAAGCUAAAAUAGGGUGAUUCAUAUUGUAAAUACAUAUUGGAGUUCUUUGUCACACCCUGUCAGUCCAACAACCUCCCAUUGGCCCUGUUGUAUAUAAGUAACAUGUUCUAUCAACACCCUCCAAAGAAUGGCUGUUUUGGCAAAAAAGUGGAAUUGUUUUUAAUAAUAUAUAUAAUUGUUUUUUUUGUGUCGUUGUAAUGCACUGUUUAAUUUUUUUUUUAAUUUCUUGGUUUCAAAAGCACAAUCACUAAACUUUAUAAUUUGGAAAGAAAAAAAACAUUUUUAAUGGUUUAAUCUCCGACAUCUUAGUGGAGUAUUACGUGUGACAGAGGGGAAGCAAAAUGGAGAAAUGUCUUGAGUUUUUUUGCCAUCUGAGAUUGAGAUGAUGGUUUUUUUUUAUUGGGGGAGUGAGGGAGGGAUCAGGAUGAUUGGUGGGGAACUCUCGGGAGGGGUUGAGAGGAAUCUGCACACUUGCGCAGAAGCGAGUGGAAGAGUCAAUCCUUUAGUUCACCUCUCUCUAGUAAGAAGAAAAAAAAUAUUUCUUGCCAAGGUGAAGAAUGGAGAUGGGACCUGUGGUAGUUUACAAAGAUACAAAGACUUUCUGAUCUGCAUAGAUCCGGUUCCAUCUCCGCAGCUGCAAAUCCGACUUAAUAAAAGUACAGUACCUUGUUAUGCUUGCUGAUGCAACUUACACAAGUACCUCUGGCCUCCGGACUGACUGUUGUCUGUGCUGAUGAGGGCACAGAUGCUGAAACUGGGUUCUGAUUGGAAGAAGCUUACUUAACACUUCAAUCAACAAGGAUGCCUUCCUUUAUAGGAAAACAUUCAGAACGACCACCCUUAGACGCCUCCCGAAUCUACUGUGAUGACCCGCGUUACCGGACGGAUGGUUCAAGUUGAACUUCUUGUCAACCACUCGUGUGGUUACCAAGGGCAACAGUGUAUUGUGCUAAGACAACUUGUCUUCAUUGUCUUGGUAUUUUUUAUGUAAGAAUUCCUUUCUGUAGUCAUGAAUUUACAUAUUUGAGGAUUUAAUAACCCUAAACGUAUAAUUUCCCUGCCACAUUAUUUAUUAAAAAUUCUCCUCAAGAUCACAAACACGA